AUGACUAGCAACGUCAGCGUCCCCCGUACAGCACUCUCUCCCGUCUCUGUCGCCGGCAGUGACUGGUCCGGAAUCUCGAAAUACCAAUCCGGCUCAGACCUCUACGGCCCCGGGGGUGCCCCUCAGCGCAACAACUCAAACAGUGGUAUGCUCGGUGAUGGGGGAAACGGAGGGGGCGGCAAUCCGCGUACAGUGUCCCCGCCAGCAUCAAUAGCUCGCUCCUCUGAUGGCGCAGGCCUCUACGCACAAAGCGAGACGUCGUCUCUCAAGGGUAUCAUUCAGGAGGAGGAAGUCGCGGUCCACCACUCUGCGCUGAAGAAGCUGUUACAGCCGUACCUUGCACAGCAGCAGCUCAGUGGGCGCCCGAAUAAGGCGCGCGACAAGCUGCUCCGGUUAUCCGUGAUUCAGUUCCAGGAGCUGUCGACGGACGUCUACGAUGAACUACAACGCCGCGAGGCGAACGCGCUUCCGGGCGCCGUUGAUAAACCACCGCAUCUCCAGCCCAAGGACAAGUUCCACCCUAAGCGGAACCAGGCGCGGCAGAAGCUCUCAACGCUCGCAAUGGAGCGCUUCAGGGAUCUCGCGACGGACGUAUACUACGAGCUUGAGCGACGAUUCCCACAAUUUGGAGACGGAAGCGGAAGCCCGACUGCUGCAAUAAUGAGCUUGAACGGACUUCCCUCGAAUCGUGUGGGGAGCCCGGGUCCCGGGCGUUCCGGGAGUCCAGGGCCUGGAAUGAUGCAGCCAGGGCGGGUUGGAAGCCCUGGGCCAGGUCGUGUGGGAUCCCCUGGGCCACGGAAUGGACCGCCACCAGGUGGAUACGCGGCGUAUAAUGGGGGCGGGGGUGGGCCGCCGCGAAUGGGAUCUCCGGGAAUGCCGCCGAGGAAUGGGCCAAUGUCCCCGCAAGGGGCGUUUGGGCGGCCGCUCCCAAAGACCUACCAGGCCGGAAAUCUAAUCCCGAAUAAGAGUACUAUGGUGGAGGAUGAUGAUGAUGGGCUCGGAGAUGACUCGGAUCAUGAGGGCGCUUUUGGGCUCGAGGACCGAAGGUCAAAUGGCAUGAAUAGCAUGAACGGUAGGGCGGGGAUGAAACGAGAUAGUAAUAGGAGUAUGAGUAGUUUGAGGAAUGGGGUUGGGGCUGGGAGUGAGAGAAUCGUUUCCGAAUAUAAGAGUAAAAUUGAAACCCUGCAGGAUAAAAUAGCAGCGCUCGAGGGUAGGCUAGAUGACAGGAACCGCGAAAUCUCGGAAUUUAAGAAGGGCGAGAGACGGAGAGAAAGCAAUCUGAAUAUCGAACUCGAGGAAAAACUGGCAGAGGCACAGAAUCUCAAUAAAAGCUUACAGGAGGAAAUUUCUCGCCUUAAGGGGGAGACGCCAGUGGCGGGGACAAGAAAAGUCACAGAAGAAGUCCGGCGUGAAGCAAUGGAGUUCUUAAACCAGAUGAAAUCUAUCUCUGAGCGUGCCGACAACUUUUACGAAAAGGAAGAACGCAUGCAUGCCGACUAUCAAAAGCUACAAGAUGAGGUCAAAGAAUGGAAAGCUCGUUAUGCCCGCACCAAAGCUACGCUCCGGAAUCUCCGCACAUCAUCAAUUGGCCUCGUUGUUCCGUCCCCCGCCAACAUGACCAGCGGAUUCUCAGACCCCAACGGACUCGUGAAGGAUGUUCACAUUACCAAGUUCCAGAUCGCGAUAGAUGAGCUUUUGCGCACCGCUCGAGGAGCCAAUUGUUCGCAGACCCUUGAUUUUGUAAAGGGUGUGGUGGUGGCUACUAGAGCGAUCAUGGAGAACGUAGAAGACUCGCCGAAUGACGAUCGUGGGAAAUUGAAGGCAAGGGUAUCGGCAACAGCGAAUAACUUGACGACGGCAGCGAAGAAUCAUGCAUUGAGUCAGGGGCUGUCGCCGGUGUCCUUGGUAGAUGCGGCUGCAUCGCAUUUGUGUGCAAGUGUGGUAGAGCUGGUCAAGGUCGUGAAGGUUAGGACUUCGGUGGGGGGUGAAAUAGAUGAAGAGGACGAUGGUGAAGACGAGAUCAGGUCCCCGGACUCGCCAAACAUGAAUGGCAUGUUUGGAGGCAAGCUACAUCCUGAGAACCGGAACCAACAGCAGCAUCAACAACCAAUGCAGAAUGGAAAUGUGAAUGGAAAUGCCCAGCAGCAGCAGCAGCAGCAGCAGCAGCAGCAACAACAACAAGCGACGCCACAGAUUCAGCAAAAUCGUCUCAGCGGUGAGAGCGUCUACAGCCCCCUUACCUCCCCACGCUCUUCACACAACGGCGAGGACAACCUCCAAUUCCCUCCGCAAGACGCCAAAGGCCGCAACGGCUCCGUCGGCGGCCGUGCCGGCGGGGCCUGGGGCGACAUUGCACCGUCGCUCGCGGGUGUUGGCAGCCCGCCCCGUCAACCCCCAUUCCACGGGCUCCGCGUCCCCGAUAAUAGCAACGUCGAAGAACUACGGGUCUCGCUCGAAACGCAAACCGAGGGCAUCGUCGAGAACAUCCAGCACCUGUUGUCCUCAAUCCGCGCCGGUGAGGACAUGGCGACGCUGCAGGGCCACGUCGAGCAGAUUGCGAGCGUGGUCGACAGGGUCGUCAAGAACACCGAGGACGCGAUGGAGCAGAGCGGGAACGAGAAGCUCCGUGAGAGGGGUGACUGGAUCGUGUCGAACCUGGCGGGCUGCGCGGGUAAGAUGAGGGCUGCAACGAACGGCCCCAUGCCGGCGGAUGGACCGGCGGAUAAGGAGUUUAGGGGCGGGCUGGCGGCCCUGGCGUUUGAUCUGGCGAGGGAGACGAAGGACUUGGUGAGGACGGUGGAGGAGAUUAGUGAUGAGUCGAGGAGGCCGGGGGGAAUUAGUGUGGAUGAUCUGAGGUAG